CCCAGAUCAGUGUGGCAUGUUCUCUAAAAUGAAGAACCCAUAUAUGAGUUCAGCCUUCUGGAUCAUUUUCUCACUCUUCCUCUCCUUCUCUGCACCCUCUUACCAAGAUUCUUAUUCUCCUCCACCUCUCCCAAACCCUAGAAUCCUAAAUGCUUACACAGCUCUCCAAGCAUGGAAACAUGUGAUUCUCUCUGACCCCAAGAACUUUACCUCAAACUGGUGUGGCUUUGAUGUCUGCAACUACAAGGGGGUCUAUUGUGCUCCAGCACCGGAUGACCCUCAUAUCACUACGGUGGCCGGAAUUGACUUGAACCAUGCAGACAUCGCGGGCUCUUUGCCAGAAGAGCUUGGUCUCCUCACCGACCUCGCUCUCUUUCACAUCAACUCCAAUCGCUUCUGUGGAACCUUGCCCGAUAGUUUUCGCCAUCUUCGUCUUCUUUACGAGCUCGAUAUUAGCAACAACCGAUUCAAAGGCCAGUUUCCUUCUGUGGUUCUCUGUCUUCCUUCACUCAAAUUUCUUGACAUUCGGUACAAUGAAUUCGAGGGUGACAUCCCAACGGGCCUUUUCGACUUGAAACUCGAUGCUAUAUUCGUUAACAACAACAAGUUUAAGUCAUCUCUGCCGGAAAAUAUCGGAAACUCCCCUGUUUCUGUUAUUGUGUUUGCGAAUAACAACCUUAAUGGUUGCCUUCCAUCGAGUUUGUCGAAAAUGGCGAAAACACUCAAUGAACUCAUAAUCACUAAUGCCGGUUUAAAAGGUUGUUUAUCACCAGAGAUUGGGCUGUUGAAAAAUGUUACAGUUUUUGAUGUAAGCUCAAACGAGUUGGUAGGGCCGUUGCCGGAGACUAUAGGGGAGAUGAAGAGAUUGGAGCAGCUGAACGUAGCCCAUAACAAACUAUCCGGGGAGAUUCCGGCGACCAUAUGCUCUUUACCUAACUUGGAGAAUUUCACCUACUCCUACAAUUACUUCUGCGGUGAACCACCGACAUGCCUCAAGUUGCCGGCAAAUGAUGAUAAGAAAAACUGUAUUCCGGAUAGGCCGAUGCAGAGGUCACCGGAGGAAUGCGCAGCUUUCCUUGCACAACCUGUUGACUGCGGUGCCUUUGGCUGCUUACCCAGAAGUCCGCCGCCUCCUCCACCCUCACCCCCACUCCCACCUCCGUCACCACCUUUGUCUUAUUACCACCAUCCAUGAUCAUUUUUUUUUUAAAUUAUUUGAAGAAGAAAAUGAAAAUAUGUAGGAAAACAUGGGCUCUCUAAUCUUCUUCUUUUUCCUUUCAUUUUCAGAAGUCCAUGGUUGAAACCCCACUUGCAUUGUAUAUGUGUUAUAUGUACGAACUUUUGGCUUUUUUUUGGAUUGAAGUGGGGUAUAUUGAAUAAUAAUGUCGUGAAUUUUCA